AUGCCACACUGGAAGAACCGUCUUUUUGGCUCAAAGCAGAAAAACAAUGUCCAGUUGAGAAUAGUGGAUGUUCUUCAGCUCAUGCGGUCUGCAGCAUCUUGGCGUAGACGCCGGGCAGGCUCCCGUGUGUGCAGGUCCCGUGUGUGUUGGUACAGUGUGUGCGGGUGUGUCCUGGUCCCCUCCCUGUCUCCAGGACGCUGCUGUGGGAUGCUGUCGGUGAUGGAGCGGGAGGAGGACUGUGACGCGGACACGCUGCUGGUGCCUCACCUAACGACAUGA